GCGCUAAAAAACUCGAUUAACUAAUUGUUACCUUCGCUAAAUAUACGUGGCCGAGCGUGGGACGAGUCGUUAUUCUCCAAAUGUAGUGGGUUUGGAAGCUUGAAAGUUUCCGAUGCUAUUUGGCAAUCAUAUCCUUUGAGUUUCUAAGCUUUUGCUAUUCAUGAUCCAAGAACGUUGUGAAUAAAUCCAUAGUAUUUUAGGUCAAGGGGACGAACCACCAAGACAGCUUUAACAUUGUCGCAAAGAAAACUAAGAUCAAAUGGCUGCAUGGAUAUAUCAACCUGUUAUGUUCGAGUCUGGUCGGGCCUUCGAUUGUGAAGGCUUCGAUUCCGACCAGUGUAAGUAUUACAAAGAACCAUGGCGCAAUUGGUAUGUAGCAGACUGGACAUUUGCGCUGCCAACAGUAGCACUCUUUAUGUGCGUUAUCGGCAUUUUCACAAUCGGUUACGUCUUGACACAAGUCCUUGCGUUGUCCCACAGGUCUGAGCCUUUGAUAUGGCGAAGGGGCGUCGCAUUCGUUCGAUAUCUAUCAUAUCGAGGUUUUCGCAUCGAAGGUCUAAGGUGGAACUCUGCGCCUGUGGGAGUGUUAUUCUUAGGAGCUUUAGGGACCACAUAUUUUCUCUGCAUGGAUUUGAUACCAUCUCCAUACUACUGGCCGGGGACGGACACCGUUUGGGGCAACUCGCCGCCAUUAGGUACCAGGUCUGGCUGGCUGGCGUUAGCUUGUAUGCCCUUUGUCUAUGCGACUGCAACCAAGACGAACUGGAUAACAAUGGUGACCGGAGUACCAUAUGAGAAGCUCCAGGUCUUUCACCGGUGGACUGCAUAUGCUUUCUUCAUCCUGGCAUUGAUGCACACAUUUCCAUUUAUUGUUUGGCAUAUUCAUAAUGGGGAUAUGGUCAAUCAGUUCACUGUGAGUAACAUCUUCGAAUAUUGGACUGGCAUUGUUGCGCUUGUCUUUCAGGCGUGGCUCACAUUUGCAUCCUGUGGUCCCAUUCGAAAUCUUGGCUAUGAGUUUUUCAAAGCAACACAUUUCUUAUCGGCUGUAGUAUUCAUGGUAGUCUUUUUCUGGCACUGCAGCGGUACACUAACAUCAUGGGACUAUUUUGUCGCAACAGCAGCAGUGUACGUACCUUGUUGGACGUAUCCAUGGCUUAGGACCUUGUUUGAGUACGGUACGCAUCAGAAAGCGGAAAUCUUCAUUGAAGAUAAUGGAUUUACACGUAUUACAACACCAGCCAAUUUCAAAUGGCAACCGGGACAACAUUGUUUCUUGCGGUUUCGCAGCUUCGGUAUCCAUGCUUUAAGCUCUCAUCCAUUUACCAUCUGCUCGCUACCAUCUACAUCACUUGAUAAACCGUCCGAGAUUACUUUCUACAUCCGUCAUCAAGGAGGCUUUACAGCAAGGCUGUACAAUCAUGCAAUAAAACGCCCAGGUAUACAGGUACCUGUAUUGGUUGAUGGUCCUUAUGGUGGUAUAGAUAAUCAGAAGUACUUUAACAGCGAUCGUCUUGUUGUGGUUGCUGGUGGCUCAGGAGCUGGAUGGAUGCUACCUUUUGUCGAGCAAUUCCUGCGAUUUAGCUCUCUAAAGGGGGUUCCCGAACCUCUAGCUGACGAAACAAAAGAUAAUAAGCAGACCUCUGACAAGCCACCAUGUCAGCGAGACCUUCGCCGUCCUCGAUCGUUGCGGCUCAUACUAUCAACACGAGACAUAGCGACCCGUACAUGGUUCCAUACAAUCGUUAACAAUAUGCUAUCGGACUACCAGUCGCUAGGUACAGACAUAAGUGUCGAGGUACAUCUGACUGGCAAAGCUGAGCCUAUGGUGCAACCUCCGACUGAAUCUGCUUCUGAGCUCGAAAGGCCCAAUAUCAUAUCGACAGAAAAAGACGUCAUCGAUAAGAAUACAGGAGCGUCUAGAAACUCCGACGCAAGUGAAUCGAAAGAUGAAGUGCGCGGUCGCCCAGAUCUACCUUCAAUUAUCCGAGAAGAAGCCGCCGCAGCGAGGACAACAGGACAUACAAUGGGCGUCUUCAUAUGCGGGCCGCUUACGAUGCAAGAUGAUAUCCGCAAUGCUGUUGCGAAAGAGAACUUGAGUAUUAUCAAGAACCCGAGCUCUGGUGGGGUGUACUUAUAUUCCGAACACUUCUCGUGGGCAUAAGAGAGGAUGGAUUGGCAAGCUCGGUGUAUGUGACUAGGUAGUAGUCGAUAUCAUUCACUGCUUGAUUUCUCACUUUGUAAGGGCAUUUCUUGUUGAUGAAUUGAGGAUGAUCAUUACAGUACAACAGUCAUUGGAUUCUGUAUAUGCGGGUAUUUUUUUACACUGACUUAAUCCAACCCUUAAGUCUCGAUCAUUUUCGACUUUGCAAUUCUCAGUACGAUCUCCUCUCGUUAUGAUAAUAUCUUAUUAUGAGCUAUUUGACCUACUGAUACUGACUCCCAUGCCCUAUGGACUGUUCUAAAGAUGCAGAAGGUGUUGCUUCUGACAACCCGCGACUGGAUAAUGGUGGGGUAACGCGUGUGCCAUGUUUCAAUAGCUGUCGUGAUUGUCUUAAAGUCCGCUGAUACUUCUUAUCGGUGUUGUAUGUAAUUUAUCUCUACUAUCAAGACAUAUCAAAGAGCAUGUUCAACCAGUAACUGUGUUAAAAUUUGUGAAACAGAUCUAGUUCUAAUAGCUCAAAGAAGAGGAACCUUUGAUGAAUCUUGGGCCGAAAUUUUUCUCUUAAUGUAGUGAAUUGCCAACACUACCGACUCAACUAUGCGGUUCUAGAGACUUUUCGAGACAUUCUGUUUUCAGAGAUUGAAAUCUCUC